AGGAUAUUGCCUUCUUAGAAAAUCUUGAGUGUCUUAUGAACACCCAAUUGCCAAGGCUCGCUGAUGAAGAGAAGAAUAAUCGUCUAGAUGAAUGUGGAAUCUGUUAUGCUCGAUAUCUCCCCAUAGGUGAUGAGCAUAGACCUAAUAGUGGAAAUGCAACUGAUUACACUUGUGAGAAUAACAGUUGCAGUAAGGCUUUCCACACCAUGUGCCUAGUGGACUGGUUGCGUUCAAUCACAACUACAAGGCAGUCAUUCAAUGUUUUGUUCAGAAAUUGUCUGUACUGUUCAGAGGCAAUUGCAGUGAAAAUCAAUGCCACAAAGAAUUAGGGAUCUUACAAGUCUUAUCUAUAAUCCCAAGCUGAUUCAUCCUGUCCCAGAGAACCUUACAAGAGUAAAAGAAGCGGGCCUAUUUCCUAGCGGCCAAAGCAGCAAAACUUUGAGGUCUUUCAGUAUAAAUUCUGAACAUUAAGGCUUCUCUUGUCCAUUCAGCUAUUGAAAAUCAAUUCUAUUUUGCAGAAAUAAGAAGUAUUAAAAUAAGAGUAACUCAUUAUUAAAUGUAGGUUUGUGCCCACUUGUAGUCUACUAUUACUUGUGAGCAACAAUGGUAUGUGGCUUUGCCUUCAUUA